AUUGAUUGUGGUGUAUGGUGUAUUUAUUGUAUUGUUCUAAUUCUAUCUUUAAAUUAGGAAUUAUUUUAGAUUUAGUGCGUUUUCGAAUUAUAAACUUCCAGUAAUCGACUCUUUAGUUUCUCAAUUACGUAUAAAUCGGAACGCAAAUGGUAGUGCAUAUGUUUUUUAGAAUAUGAUGUGUAGAUGGCUUCUCACCAAGAUCGUACUUUCGGAAGUUACUGCGCCGGCCUAUUCAUAAGUUUUACGUAUAUUUUUGAAGUCUUGAUGCACUCGGCUGAAGGAAAUCUCAAUUGUUAUGGCUCCUGGUAACAACGAGCGGCAUCCGAGUCACACGGGAACUAUUCCGAAAACGAAAGCUCGGAAUAAUUGUAAUGUUCCGCAGGAGGCUGUGACUCCCACCAGGAGGGAUAUGGCAUCUAACCUAGUCUCGACAUCCCUUGACUGGGUUCCUGUGUCGGAAUACAACACCAGAACAAAUUACAACCAAUCAAGGAAGCAAACAAAUAACACAUCGGACCAAGAACUUAAUGAAUUAGAAAAUUCCGUAGCAUUUGAGAGUGGAUUCGGAAGGUUUGUCCCUGUGAGGCCGCAGCCGCGCGCUCUGCCGCUGAACGUGCAGAACCGCGAGAACCUGUCCAAUGAGCAUCAGGACGACGCCAGCUCCAUGUCCGGACACACUCUCCACCCUUAUGCACAUCAAAUGCAGAAUGGUUUAGUUCCUCACUCCAAUCAUGCGAAUCAUGCCGCAGCAGCAGUCAUGAUCGUCAACCCCACCACACCGAAUGCAGUCACAGCGAACAUGUCUCAACCCUUCAAUACGCCUAAUCAAAACCGAAAAAACUUGACGAAUAAUUUAAACCCAGCGAGAAACAAUUUGGACGGGAACCAUUCGAGCCACAACAACGCGGCGUCCGCCAGGCCGGGCACUAAGACCGUCAACCUGAUGAACAACAUGUACGACCCGCAGGCUAACAUGAACAACGUCAAUGAAAAUAACCAUGUUCACAGGGAAUCAGCCAGGGCGUUAGGGGAGGCAAUAGUGGCGGCCUGCCCCGACACCGCGGCCGUGGAGCGGCGGCUCGGCCAGAUCCGCGAGUACAUCCGCGUCACCUCGUCCCUCGUCGACACCAUGCGUAACUCUGAGGACGAGGCUUUUAUUGAGCAUACGAAAGAAGAAUAUGACGAACUGGUAGAGAUGGUAAUGAAAUUGAAAGAGAGCGAGACGAAACUAGAGAGAGUGUUGAAUGAGGAACCUGAUAAUGUGGAGGUGCCUGCCGAAGAAGCGGAUGCUGCGGCGGCGGCGAGCGAUGCGGCGGCAGACACGGAACUUGCCACUGAACUCAAAGAGGAUGAGCCGAGCAACGCAAGCAAACAAGAUGCUACUGCUGAGUGUACCACGCUGAAGAAAGUCACUAAUCUAGAGAAUGAACAGUUGAAUAAAAGCUUACAAAGUGUUAAGAAUUCUAGUGAACAUCUAAUACCAGCGAGCGAUCUAGGCGAAAGUGUACCGAUACCGUUGGCAGAAAAACACGAUCCCGAAGACGAUACAGUGGAAAUCAAAGAAAUUGAGAGCAUUCCGUGCGAGGAAAAAACACACGACCAUCACAUGAAUGAGGUGUUGCGUAAAAAUAUUAUUUCGUGCGUAGAAAAAGUAGCGAUCAUAGAAGAAAUGAAAAACAAAAACUGCAGUAACAUUGAAGAUCAGGAUGUGGUGGUGGCAGGUCGACCGGUGUCAGUUCAGAGUAAUGGUUCAGCUUAUAGCGAGAGUGAACUGUGGCAGAAUGAGAUAAAAAGCAAAAUGGAGUUGUCUCAACGCCGUUUGAAUGCUUUAAAGCAACAGCAGAAGAGACUAAUCAAGUACCAGGAGGAAGCCAAAUAUCAAUUGGAGGAAAUCAACCGAGAGCGACAGUCUCAAGAAGCCCUUCCGUCGACUUCCCAUGACAACUUUGGUGGCAUACAGAAUCACCUAAUGAACGGCAACUACAAUCGCAUGUACGCCGCGAACCAGAUCGGAGUGGCCACGACACUGCCCCAAUCGAACGAGAACGUGGCGAGCCGCGCGAACAGCGAGCACGGACACAACCAGGACGACAGGUUCUCGCACCGCGACGCGAACAUCGCGAGCAGCGAGGAGGCGGCGGGCGCGCACAGCGACGCGGAGGAGGCGCUGCUCACGGAGCGCGGGCGCGCGCUGCAGGCCAAGCUGCGCAAGCUGCAGCUCAAGAAGCAGCACAUGGAAAACCUAGCGGUAGAGUUCCAGAAGCUAGAGAUGGCGACGCACCUCGGCUCUAACAACACGUACUCCAGCUCUGGAGAGGAUAGCGCCGACGAGGAGCCCACAAGGAAAUGUAACAAAUCGGGAGGUAAUAUCAAAAACGAAGACCCGUUUAAGCUCAUGGAAAUCAAGGCUAUUAAAACAGCCCUCCAGAAGACUAAAGAUCUGAUGCGGUCAGUGGAAAACUACGAAUCUGACCAUUUGUCCGGGGCGCACGACGAUUCCUUCCAGAUGCCUAGUCACUCUAAUAUAAACGACAAUAAAUCGGAAGGCGGCGGCAGUAUCGGCGGCUGGUCCAACGACGGCAGCGUGUGCCGCGUGCGCAACUCUCUGCCGCAGCGGCACAAGUUCACCAACGAGCAGCACGAGCAGCAGCACCUGCAGCACUUGCAGCAGCCGCAGCACGUGCAGCAGCCGCAGCACAUGCCGCACCCGCAGCAGAUGAGCCACGAGUCGAAUAUUGCGUCUUUGCAAGAGCUAGCUCAAGAACUUCGCAUUGAGACGGAGAAGAUUGUCGGGGAGAGAGCUCGUAUCAAAGACAUGAUGUCCAAUAAGGAGCCGAGCCGCAAGCAGAAAAAGGUGAACGAGCAGGCGUCGACUAGCGGCGGCGGCGGCUGGCACGCAGCCGGGCCCGCCGAGCGGCGCCAGCUGCAGCUGCGCGCGCUGCUCGCCGACAAGCAGCGCGAGCUGGCCAAGCUGCUCCACAAGGAGGUGCCCACACAUUACACGCUAUCUUAUAACCAGUUACUAUAUGGAAAUAUUGGAAAUGUAGAAUCUCAAAAAGCGAUGGCGGACUCGUGUACCGGCUCCAUCAUUACUGGUAUCAACCAGUCUUACAAUAGUGAACAAGAAGAGCCGGAUUCGCGGUCGGAGCAGAUACUUUUGGAAUCUCAGAACUCCAGGGACACCGACAACUUCAGGGUGUGUCCGCAGGGCGGCCUCAGCACCACCACGCUGCCGUCGCGCCGCGCCAGCGCCUGCUGCAGCGACAGCGACAGCGCAUCUCGGACCAAAUCGAACCAGAGGAGUCGAGCUCGCCGUAGACAAACACAAGAUCGUCUGUGUGAAGAUAACAAUGUGCCACAGUCCAACAACUCGAGUCAUUCGUUGAGGCACGAGCCCAGAGCGGAGCCGACAAACAUCAACUUGGUCCCGCCUAUUUCUCAAAAUGUGGACAAUCCAAUCAACAUGCCGUACCCCCACAUGCCGCCGCCGUAUUGGAAUAAUACGAAUAAAACUAACCAGGAUAUGCGCACGAACCAGUUCACGCAGAACAGCCACUCGCAGACCAUGGAGCGGCUGAUGGGCACGCCUCAGAUGUCCUUCCCGCCCGCCAUGCCCUACAACAUGAUGAUGCCCUACGGCGGCAUGGCGAUGCCGCCGGGCUGCGGUUGCGGCUGCGGCCUGUGGGGCGCGUGGUGCUGGCAGCAGCUGCUGCAGCAGCAGCAAGAGCUGCACGCGCUCAGGGAACACCUCUCGCUCCUUGAAGAACGCUGGCGCGCAGAGACUGCGUCCCACACGCUGAAUAACCAAGUGGCUCCGGGCAACCGCGCCAACAACUACUGGGAUAACUUUAGAAGCUACUCGCGGCAGAACCUGCUGUCGGCGAACAGCAAGAGCAACGCGGACGGGCACCUCGGCGGGCCGGCGGCCGCGGCGCCGCAGCCGCUCGCGUCGCGCAGCCACAACGCGCUGCGCCGCGCGCCGCCGUCGCCCCCUCCCCCGCCCCCGCCGCCGCCCGCCGCCGCGCACAAGCGCAACGCCGAGCGCCGCGCCGCGCCCGACGUGCUCAACCUGCACGCCGAGCCCGCCCCGCCCCGACCCCACUCCAACAACCUCCGCGCGGCCGACAAGCGCGACUCCUGCAACCCCAACCUGGCCUCCGCCCGCCGCGACCUCCACGACAAGGCGACCUCCAAGCUCUUCGACCUCCUCCGGGAGAACGUCUACUCCGAGGUGACGACCCUCAUCGGCGUCAACGAGUCCCACCCCGACUUUCUCAUUCAGCUGUUCAAGGAGCUGCAGCUGAUCAGCUCGGACCCGCUGCGGCAGAGGGUCCUGCGGUCCAUUCGGGGCGUCCUGUCCCGGUACGGGUCCGCGCCGGAGCCCCGGCCGGGCUCGGCGGCCCGCGACGGCUCCGCCGACCGCGCUCGCUCCGCGCAGGCCGGGUGCUCCACCGCCCCCCCCUUCGACGACAACAUUGUUCGCUUUCUGUUACUAAAAAGUGAAGAAAUAUGCACCCCCGAGCUGUUGGACUCUCUCGCGACGCACGUUCUAAACGGAGGCCUCGACGGUCGACGGCCCCAGAUAUCUAAGAAGAGGCUGCUCGAGUUCCUCUCUAAAUACGAGGGCGGGACCGUCUGCAGCGUAUCGAACGACAUCAUCGAGAGCCUGCCGCUGGUGAUCUCGGGCGGCGGAGGGGGAGGGGACGGACACGGGCCGGCCUCGCCGCCGCUGCAGGACGUGGCGGGCUCGCUCAACCUGUUCAGCGCGAGCGACCCCGCGCUGCACUCGUGCGUGUACGACGUGUGGCCGGCGCACGUGCACUCGGCCGAGCCGGGCGAGGCGAGCCCCGGCGGCCGCGAGGACAAGGUGGACCUGCUGGACUGCUCGGAGAUGCACAACGGCGACCUGGCCGAGGCGGACCAGUCGUGCGAGGCGCGCGACGCCGAGGCGCUGCCCGACGUCGUCGACACGGAGGAGGCCGCGCCCGCAGAGGCUGAUGCAGAAUGGCUCCGGCUCGAUCGCGUGCCAACAAGGCUGCAUUUGGGAGAGCCAUCUGAAAAACAAAAAGGUGAUGUUAAUAUAAUGUAAAAAACGGAGCAAACACCCAAACUGCAAACUUCACAGUUCGCUUCGUGUUUGAGCGACCCUGAAAGUAAAUAUCACAAGAUUAGAUCUUCUCACUCCAUCUGAAACAGAAAGAUGAAACAAAUGGAAAUUAAUAAUAUUUCUUCUUUUUCAGAUUAAAUCUCGAGCAUCACGUUGAAUUUCCGAUUGUGUUUUUAUCGCGUGUAACGUUUGACUUGAAUCUAUCCAUUUAUUUAAUUAUUCUAUAAUUUUAGAAUAUGCAAGUAUUUUCAAAAGUAUUGAAUGUUUAGAACAAUAAACCAUUAUUUACA